CAAUUAAUAACUCAUCCAGUAGAAUUUCGAAAUUAUAAAUAUAAAUUUGUUAUACAAAUAUUUCUACAUAAAUUAAAAUAAUAAUAAUACAGUCAUUUUCAGAGCGUAGCAAUUCUUAUCUAAUCAUACUAAAUAUAUUUUUUUUCUCCGGCUUAGAAGAUCCAUUAAAGUUUAAAUAAAUUUGCGAAAUAAAGUAUAAGCAUAAAUACUAUUAUACAAUUUAAGUUAAGUUAAAUACUCGGACGCUCGCUUACACUUAAAGUUCAAUCAACUAAACAGCGAUAGUAUCACCAUUUGUGCUGAAUAAAUUAGUCGUUCAAAUUAACUGGGUCAGAGCGGAUUUUAAUUUUUCUUUGGGGUUUUUUUAAAUUUGUUAAAUUAAAAUAUGGCGAUUAAUAUUUUAUACAAACUACGGGUCCCUUUUAUUGGUCGUCGUAAUUUUUCCAAUGUUGGCUUCGUCGGUUUGGGCAAUAUGGGAAAUUACAUGGCUACUAAUUUAAUUAAAAAGGGAUAUAAGCUGACCGUCUAUGACAUUAAUAAAUCCGCAGUAAAAAAUCUGGUAGCAGCAGGAGCGACUGAAGCUGCAAGUGCUGCUGACUUGGCAAAAAAUUCACAGGUUGUUGUUACGAUGCUGCCAACUAAUGACCACGUUUGGGAUUCUUUUACUGCUAAAGAUGGAUUAUUAAGCUCGGCGCAAAAAGACACACUGUUUAUUGACAGUAGCACAAUAGACCCCUCAGUAUCUCAAAAAGUCUCUGUAGAAACUCACAAACAAGGUGCAAAAUUUAUCGAUGGCCCAGUAUCUGGGGGUGUAGUAGGAGCGAGGGAUGCCACGCUGACUUUCAUGGUUGGUGGUCCAAAAGAUCAGUAUGAACGCGCGAAAUCUCUCCUAGAAGCAAUGGGCAGUCGGGUAGUCCACUGCGGAGAUGUAGGCAUGGGCCAGGUCGCGAAACUCUGCAAUAACAUGCUGCUGGCUAUCAGCAUGAUUGGAGUCUCCGAAGUGGUCAAUCUUGCCGAUAAAUUAGGACUGGAUCCAAAAGUAAUGACAAGCAUACUCAACACCAGCACUGGUCGCUGCUGGUCUUCGGAAAUCUAUCCUCCGGUUCCUGGGAUUAUUUCUACAGUUCCUAGUUCUAAUCAAUAUCAAGGCGGAUUCAUGACUUCAUUGAUGACCAAAGACUUGGGGUUAGCUCAAGCAGCUGCGACACGCUCCAACACUCCAAUACCUCUUGGAUCGUUAGCACACCAAAUUUAUCGCAUUCUUAUGACUCACGGUCUGAAAGAUAAAGAUUUUAGUGUCGUUUAUCAAUAUUUAAAAAAUAGUGAUUAUAAUAAGUAAUCUUUUAAUUAUUAUUAUUGUUA